ACGUGCACCUUUCCCACCUGGCGGAACCGGAGUGCGCGUGUGCGCGUGUGGGCAAUUCCAAACGCUCGCGGCCACCCGCUCUGCAGGUUAUCCUGGUGAGUCCUACAGCAGUAGCUACAAGUAGGACAGCUCUCCCCAUGUGUUUAUCUGUGGACUUUCAGAACAAGCACUUCACACACCAUGAAUAGGUCCAACUCGCUGAAUGUCAAGGGUUUGUUAAAACUAAAGUCACACGAGAAGGACAAUAAGGCGCUCAAACGGUCGUGGUCGCUGAAAGAUGGAAGUGAGACCAGCCCCAGAGAUACGACGAGCCCAGGUCCUUUAGUCCCGGGAGACAGCGCCACAUCGCCGGAUAACGUUUUACCUAAAUCCUCGAAAGAAAAAAAGGGAAAGCGGUUCUCGUUCAGGCUGAAAAGGAAGAAAUCCAGGAGCAAAGCAGAAGAAGACGUGUUCUUAGACAAUGAUGACACAGAGGGCUUCGCCAGCCACCGGAGCUACGACCAGCUGAGUGUUUCCACAGAGUGCGCUUUCCCGACUGAAUCGGAUUGGGACCCUUGUUGUGAGUCCACCUCCAUGAUCAACUUUGACAUGACUCAGCGAGGCAACCCUACUUCACCUUCUAAAUUCUUCAAGACCUCAGAGAAAAAGGGAGUGUUGGAUCGACUCAGCAACUUCUUCCACUCCAAGAGAAAGAAGAGCAGUAGUAGGCAGCAUUCAGACACCUCCACCAAUGGAGGUUCCCCAGCAUCACCUCAGUCUCAACCGGAUGAUGGGCAAAAGACUCCAACUCCGUUUCGAAAGGACAGUGAGCUAACAGGGCCACACUAUGAGUCUCAAACAGGAGCAGAGCAUAGUGACACUGUCAGCCAAAGCUCCAUUCCCAGUGCCUCAAGCAUGACUUCUUUUUCGGCAGAUGAAGCAGAGUUCCCAUUUGCAGACAGUAACAGCAGUGGCAGAAACAGUGUGAAGGAGAUGAAUGUGGUCGGCACAGAAAGGAAUUCUUGUGAUUUGACUUCUACCACUCUUGACCUUACUGAAAUUGCUCAGGUGAGUGCUCGUCCGAGCUCAGAAUUAAGCUUGACAGAGUCCGUAGUGGAGGAAGUAAACAAGAGGCUGCACGUUAAUUUGGAGGAACGCAUCCUGAAGAAUACAGAAGGUUCCAGUGAGGACGGUAAAGUUAGCCCAACCACACUGAUGGCAUUUACGAUUCCCAUUUCCAAGGAAGCUGAGGUCUCAAAGUCAUCUAAAUUAACCACUAUAAGUUUAGCAUCAAAGAAAGGAACUACAAAGGUCGGAGAUACAGGGCACAACACUGACCUAACAGAAAUAACAUUAAGCUCUCACUCAUCCACCUCACCCCCUGAUGUGACUGAACAGAAAGACAAAGACUCUCCAGAAUUAAAGAUGGAAAACUCAAGAGCUAAAAGGAAGACUCGGAAAAAAAGCUCUGGUGAAACUGCAGCCAUGUUACGGAGCCCUUCACUUGAGAGAGAUGAUUCUCCUGUCCAACUCUACAAAGCCAUAUGGGUAGAAACAUACCUAGGAGAGGAGGAAGACGAGAGGGAGGGGGUGAAUGAAAGGGAUACAAUGAAAGAGAGGGAGGAGGACUUAAGAGCAGACUCGCCUCCUGUGCUGGCUAUGCCUGUCACAGUCAUUUCUGAGGACGACUCAGUCACUCGGGACGCUGCAGACAGCCCUUCUACUCCCUCAGAGACUUUACCGUCCAGUGGCAGCUUGCCAGAAUCAGAAAUCUCCUUGGCACCGACCACAGGAGAGCUCCAAACAACCUCAUCACUGCCAGAGGAGCCUGACACUGGUACAGACUCAAAGCAAAGUUCUCUUCAAGAGAAACGCAGUUUGAGGGAAAUUCGUGUUACACGCAAGACUGUGAAUCUUCCUUCAAAGCAGAAGAUUGAUGCCCAGAAGGUGUACAUAAACCAAGAGCCAAGUUUGGAUGGGAAUGGAGGGAAGGAACUGACAGGAGGAGAGACCAGCAAAGAUUCAACUUCGAAGAUUCUGGAUACAGGAGAAGUAAAACUACUGCCAAGCCUCCAAAACAACCACAAUGAGGAACUCAAGGAACCCAGCCUUGAGUCAUUCACAACAGAUGAGACUACACUUUCUGAAACAAAUACUCCUGAACCUCUAGUUAAAGACAAAACAGAAUCAGAAGCCUCUGCACCCUCAGACAUGUAUAAAGCAAAGUUGCAAGAAGUGGGGUUCAGGGUUAGAGGCCAAGAAACAAAUGAGGCUACGCACUCCAAGCAAGGGCUUAAAGCAGCAGCGGAAAGUGGGCAUACCACAGCAAGUGGAGCAAAAACAUCAUCUUCUGCAGCUGGAAGCAAGACCAAAAUUGUCACAACAAAAGCAAAGAGCUCCACAGAAGGCACAAAAGUAAGAACCUCCAGUGACACUCCACCACGGAAGGAACAAAGCAAUGACAAAACAGUUUCUGUGUUACCAGUAUUAAAGGAACAAAGGACCAAUGGUUCCUCAAGUGCAAUGAACUCAAAGUCUAAAAUUCCCAAAAGGUCUACAUCAGAUGCUGAUGUCAAACCAGGGACACCAGAUAAAACAUCAGUUAUGGAUGCCUAUGAGACAACAGUCACUUCCAAACAGCAAAAACAGACGAAAACCAAAGAAUCUUUGAAAUCUCCAGUGACUACAAGAGCUGGCAGGAAACCAAGUUUUGAGGAAACUAAAGGAGGGAAACCUGUUUCAGGAGACAUUUCUCCCACAAAAAACACAAACAGAACAAUAACAAAGCCUGUUAAAGAAAAAUCAGAUGAGGCCAUUGACUCUGUAAACUUGAUAAUUGGUGUGGAGGAAGAGCAUAGGGAGUGUAGUGUUAAGACAGGACACCCACCUGGCAGGGAAAGCAUAGAUGUAAAGAAACAGCAGCAGAAUCGUAUGGAGAAUACAGCCCCAUUGCCAUCAAAGACUCGGUUGCCCAUUUCAUCUCCAACAAUAAAGAAGAAUGAUAAUAUGAUACAAACAAGUGCCACCAACUAUAAAAAAAAUUCAUCUGGCCAGAUAGACUCAGACAGACCCAGCCCCGAGCAGCAGGAAGUCCCUACUGAAGAGAGCUCUGGAAGUGAUACGCCACCCAUGCUCCCUGACAGUCCCAAGAAAGGAAGCAUGCUGUCAAUGAGACCAUCCAAACACCUCUCGAAAAGAAGCAUUAGCUGUGAAGAGAGGGACGCAGUCACUGUAAGUGUCUCCCCACCUGCCCCCAAACAAGAGAAAACUGUCACAUCAAGAAUCUCCAAACAGAGCGAAAACAUCAAACAACAACAAAAGAGUCCAGUAAAGGAUUUAGCUGAUCCAUUAUCACCAGUGAGCAAGCUUCCUACACGGAGUCAAAGAAGCUUUAACAAAUUAAAGUUUAAAAAACCUCAGCAUCCCCCAACUGAGCAUUCUCCUACAUCUAAACAGGACUCAAGUCAGAACACUAACACUGAGACAGCUGUCAAAGCAUCUGACAGAACUGUAGCAGAUAGAGUGACGGGCAGCACCAGUGGUGAUGGACUAAAACUCAAGUCUGUGUCUACAGAAGAAGAAGUACACAUUAUAAAAGCCAUAGACAAACAGUCCAGUACCAGUGAUAUCAAACUAAAAGGAAAAGAAACAAACAAAUUAGAAAACACAACCAGUCCUACAAGGGAAGAGAUUUCAAUAAUCCAACCAAUACAAAAAAAUGACACAAUGAUUACAGCACAUGCUCGCGUAGAAAUGACACCAGUAGCAGAGCCAGUAUCUAAGGUACUGCCUAGCAGUGAGGUUCCAGCAGUUCCAGUUCAGUCACCAGUCACUGAUUUAAUUAAUGUGGAGACAAAUGAACAGCAUGGAGAUAAACAACAAGUAAAAAUGGAGUCUUCCUCUGAAAAUAUAUCUCAUAUUCAAAGUGAUGGUACCACACAGGAACAGCAAACACUAUUAUUACCAGAACAUUAUCCAGAAGAAGUAGGUACUUUAGAGACAACCCAACUAGUAAGUAAGAUAAAACCAGGUUUAAUCCAGGAGAAAGAGCCAUAUUCUGUAGUGUCGACUCAGGACACACUACCAGCUGAUAUGGAUGUAACUGAUAUGGCAGCCAAACCUGUUGUUGACAGCACACAGUGUGACCUAAAGACCUGCUCUGAGGAGGAAGGUGUUAGACCCGAUAAUGUUUCCCUUAAAACAACAACCAAGACGACUUUUAAAAAAGCGGCUAAAUUGGCCUCAGAAGACCAAGAUGCUGAGCUAAAAGAUUUACUUCCAUCCCCCUCCCUUGCUGCUUCAGCUGAUGCUAACCUGGUCAGUACAGACCAGCAAAAAACAGAGUUAUUUAAGGAUCAAACCACAAAUAUAAUUCUCAGAAAUGAUGGAUUACCCUCCACAUUAUGUAUAGAUUCAGUGAAAAAUGUUGAGGUAGAGGAGAAAAGAGAAGAGGAGGUUGCCAGCAAACUACCAGAGGCUUUGGACAUUCACACAGAGACUGUCACUGUUUUUGAAUUGCCCAAGAAUGUUGAAAAUCUGCUGAACAAAGAAACUCUUUUACUGGCAGAAGAAUUAGAAAGACAGGAGAAAGACUCAAGACCAAAAGAAAAGAUGAAUGAUGCAGCAGAGCAAAGGUCUGAGUUAGAGAGCAGUUACAAAGAGAAGCCCAAAGGCACAACUAUCAAUGAUAAAGCAGAGAAAGAAAUUAGAAAACCAGAUAAACUAUCUGAUCUGUCAUCAGAGGAGAAAUAUUUAAAGCAUUUGUUAGAGAAGGGACCACAAAAUAUAGUUUCAGGUGCCCUGGAAGAGAAGAGGACUGAGGCAGAACAAGCAAGAAGUAUACAUCAUGAAACUACACAGCGAACAGAGCAACAGAUGAAGGCAUCAACAGUGAAAAAUGAACAGGAGCCCAAACUACUAAGCAAAGAUAACGAGGUAAAGGACGACAACACAAAUGAGGAGGACAAACUUGAUGAUGGUGUAAAGGAAAGCUAUACUCCAGAAAUAAAAGCUAUAAGCCAAACAAUGCAGGGUGAUAAAGGUAAUAAAAAAGGGAAGAUUUUACCAAAUCAGAUUUCUAAAAUUAGCAACCACAAUGACAAGCAAGCCUUAAUUGCUAAAGAGCAAGAUGAAGAUAUUCAAAAAACAAAGGAAAAUGCUAGUAGAGCAGCAGAAUCCAAGUGUCCAAGUGCUAACCUAGAACAGCAAUCUGAGACACACAAAACUCCAGAGAAGACAACAGAAAGCCAUAUUUUACAAGUGGACACAACUCAGGAACUAAUGCCAGUAAGCAGUGAAGCUCGGAGCACUGAAGAAAAGACUGAAACAAAAAACUCAUCACUAAACAGUUUGGCGAAUGAUACUACAGUGAGGCUGAACACUGACCAGAGGUCUGUAAUUGAUGGAGACCAAGAUGAGGACAUAACAAAGCCAGACAAAAAGAAAUUAACAGAAUUCAAAUGUCAAAAUUAUAAGUUAGAACAGGAACCAGAUGGAGAAAGAGCUACAGUUCAAGAGAAGACACAGCAGAGCUUAAAAACCGAUACAACUCAAGAAUUUAAUCCAUUAAGCACUAGUACAGAUGGUACAGAAGAAAAGGUUGAGAUAAAGCAUUCAUCCUCAAAGACCUUGGUGAAUGAGGCUGGAGACAAAACUGCUAACUUAGAAGUCAGCAACCAAAAAGGGCCUGUAGUUGUUAGCAACCAAAAUAAGGACAUGGAAAAAAGAGAGCAAAACAAAACAACAGAACCUAAACAUCCAAGCUCUAACCUGGAACAAGAGCCAGAAACAAUAACAACAAAAACUCUGGAAAAGACAAGGGAGAGCCUAAAUGAGAAAAUGGAUAUAACUGAAGAACUUGUAAGCACCAGUGCUAAAAAUACCAAAAGAAAGACUGAAACAAAAGAUUUGUCAGUAACUCUUACAGACCAAGAUGGGACUAUUACAAAACUAGAGAAAAACAAGUUGACAGAAUCCAAAUGUCCAGAUACUAACCAUAGACAGGAACCAGAGACUGUAAGAACAGAGAAGACCUCAGAAAGCCACAUUCAAAACGUGAAGGUUUUAAGUGCCAAAUCGCAGAGUGUUGAUGGAGCUAACGAGAAGACUGAAGCAAAGGAUUUACAAAAACAGUCUUCGUUAAAUGAGACUGUAAUUCAGAAUGCUAGUUCUGACAAAAGCACACAAAAGGACCAGAAGCCCCCAACUGUCAAACAUGAAUAUGUAGAGAAGAUUAAGAAAGCAGAGCAAAACACGGAUCAGUACGUAUAUUCCGAAGCUCCAAAUGCUAACAAAGAACAGGAACCAAAGACUGUAACAAAAGAUUCUACAGACAUGACAGAAGCCAGAUUACUUGUUUCCACAACUGAAAAAGUAGUUAGUAAGAGUAGCAACACAGAGAAACAGAACUACCUUAUUAAAGAAUGUGUUCAACAAGAGAAUAAUGUAACAAAACAAGAUGAUCAGCAAAUAAACAUAUCAAAGACAGAUGUCAAACAAGAGUCAGAAUCCAUUUUUGUAAAUGAUGCAUCUAGCAAAAAGGUUGGUGGAGAACAAACGGGCAAACCCAGUGUUGUUUUAGAUAAAAUAGCCAUUAAUACUGAUGCUCAGAAGAAUGAUAAAGACAUCAAAGAAAACAAAAAAACAGAUAGUGGUUUGAAACCAGAACUGCAAACAGUCAGUAGCAGUUCCUCUCUUCCUGCUGUGGCAAAACCAUCCACUCCAUCUCAGAGUCUUGAGCUAAAGAAGCAGUCUCCGUCUAGUUGGUUGGAUGUGGAACAUCAUCAAAAACAGAAGAAACAACACAAAAAAAGACUGGAUGCAUCAGCCAGUGAGGAUGAAUCUCUUGAACCUGAUGACAUUGAUGAUUUCAUCAGGAGCAUUAAGGAGGGUGGAAUUCCUUUCUCACUACCUCCAAAAAGGCACAUUCGUAAAAAGUCCCCAUCUCCAUCUCCCCAUUUUGCCCUGCCUGCCAUCAAGGAGGACCAUUUUGAGAGAGCACUUGAUCCUGAUGAAUUCCAGUUUGGCUUAAGAAAAAAUAGUAAAAGCUUUAGGGAUCCAUCUCCAGCUAUGGUGCUAAAACAAAAAGCAGCCAAUAGGGAGGGACGGACCCUGAAUAAACGUGCACAGGGCACUGCCCUGCUCACACCUAGAGACCAAUUAAAUUCGCUUGGUGAGGAAGAAGGAAACGAGGGGACCAAAGGUGAAGGAAAAGAAGAUGGACAAAACAAUGGAGGGGAGUCAAGGAAGCUGACAUCAAGGCUUGAAAGGAUGUCCAUCCUCUCAAGCAUACUGAAUUCCCCUCGGCCCUCCAGGAAGGCUAAACAGGAAACUUCCUCUGCCUCAAAUAGUUCACUUUCAUCAAACCAACAAGAGGACCUACCCUCCCUUCGAAAGUGGGGAGUGGUUGAUUUGCCUCUGCCCAGCGUCAGCACAGAUAAAGAGGGUGUGAAAAGUAUAGGCGUAGAUCAAGGACCACCUGUGGGUGGUGGUGGUACAGGAACAGCUAGUGAGUCAUCUCUUAGGCCCUCCCCUCCUCCUCUACCCCUGUUCUCUAAGAUACAGCUGCCUGAUCAUUUGGAGAAAAACAUUAAGAAGGAUAAAAUGGAAUAUGAUACCUCCCAGGGCUCUACACAGACGACGCAUACUAAACUGAACCAUGAGGGGAGUGCUGUUAUGGACCAGGCCUCAAUAGCAGGAGUACCUAAUGAGGAUGUGGGGCUGAAGGACCCCCCUGCACCUCCUCCAACCACCAACUACAGCCAGCAGAAUCUUCAGAAUGGAUGUUCUACAACGAAGACAAAGAUACCCACAGUAAGAGGGUCCCACAGAAGGCCUGGAAAGAUUGUCAUACAUGAGCAUGCUGAGUUUGUAGGGGAAGCGUUUGAGCUCUGCUGUGAUGUAGCAGAUGCCACCAUGAUGAAGCUGUCCCCUGUCAUCUCAGUCAGAGUCAUCAGAGGAUGCUGGCUUCUCUAUGAAAAACCUGGUUUCCAGGGGCGUAUAAUCGCCUUUGAGGAAGGUCCUACAGACCAUAUAGUGAAUAUGUGGGCAGAGGAGGAAACUCCAGCAACAUUGGACCACAUGGGUCAGCCUGUUCCAACAGCACCUAUGGUCAUAGGUUCUAUCCGGUUGGCUGUUAGAGACUACAGCAUACCCAGGAUUGACCUGUUCACAGAGAUAAAUGGGCUGGGGAGGAUGACAUCCUACUGUGACGACACUGUACAGAUUGGCUCCUAUGGGAUCCCACAAAACACUGGCUCCAUUAAGGUCUAUUCUGGAGUUUGGCUGGUAUACACUGAUCCAGGCUUUGAGGGUUUUGUAGGAGUGCUGGAGGUGGGAGAGUAUGCCUGUCCAGAGAGCUGGGGCUUUGCUGAGCCCUACAUCGGGUCUCUCAGACCUCUCCGAAUGGGAGCAAUAAAGGUGGAACAUCCUAAUGAAGUCAAGGCCUUGGUGUUUGAAAGCCCCAACUUUGAUGGAGAGUGCAUUGAGGUAGACAGUGAAGUGUACAACAUGUUAGGACAGGAAGAGGAGGAAACAGAUGGGAACAAGAAGACACUGUCUGCAGUGGGGUCUAUAAAGAUACUUGGUGGUCUCUGGGUGGGCUAUCAAGAGGCAGGCUUUGAGGGUGAGCAGUACAUAUUGGAGGAGGGGGAGUAUCCUCACUGCACUGACUGGGGAGGAUCUGAAGAUGGGCUCCUGUCACUGCGGCCUGUAUACGCAGACUUCUUGUCUCCACAUGUUAAACUGUUCAGCGAGCGGAACUUUGACCUCAGUGUGGACUUGCUGGUUCCCAUCCUCAACAUGGAGAACGUCGGCCAUGGUGUCAAAACCCAGUCAGUCAAUGUCAUGGGUGGAGUAUGGGUGGCAUUUGAAAACCCUGGAUUCAGUGGACAGCUCUAUGUGCUGGAGAAAGGCCUGUAUGCAAGCCCAGAGGACUGGGGAGCCCAGAACGCUCAGAUCUCAUCCAUACAGCCAGUCUUUCAUGACAUACUGAUGGGAACUACAAAAUUCAAGGUGCAGCUGUAUUCUGAGCCAGACUUCCAGGGCAGGCUGGUGGCUCUGGAGGGCAGCACAGCAGCUCUGGAUGAAGACUUCAUGCCCAGGUCUUGUAAAGUUCUGGCUGGCAGCUGGGUGGCAUAUGAGGGAGCCAAGUUCACAGAGAAUAUGUACGUACUGGAGGAGGGAGAAUAUCCAAGUACAGAGGCCAUGGGCUUCCUGUCCUCAGACUCUACCAUCCACUCGAUACAAACCGUUGGACAUGAGUUCUCACUGCCCUCCAUCAUCCUGUUCAGUAAGGUUGGCUGUAGAGGUCGCAGAGUGGCUUUGACCAGUGGAGCUGUGAACCUUCUGCAGGCAGGCCUGGACACACACAUACGCUCUCUGGUGGUGGAGGGAGGAAUGUGGGUUUUGUAUGAAGGCAGUAACUACCGUGGACGACAGCUGCUUCUUCAGCCCAGCGAAGUGGGUGAUUUGUGCGAGUUCUGCGGCUGGCAGCAAAUAGGAUCCCUGCGCCCUUUACUCCAGAAACAGACGUACUUUCAUCUGCGGAACAGGGAGACAGGAUCUGUGAUGACUCUGACAGGAGAUUUGGAUGACAUCAAGCUGAUGAGGGUUCAGGCCUUAGAGGAGACAGAAGGAGUAGAACAGGUCUGGCUCUAUCGGGACGGACAACUUACCUGCAAGCUGUUGGAGGACUGUUGCCUGGAGACCUCAGGUGGUGUGAUGAUGGCAGGCAGUCGACUCUGUGUUUCCCCCGAGCAAGGCAAAGACAACCAGCUGUGGGAUAUUACCCCAGAUGGUGUGGUGCGCUGCCACCUUAAACCUGAGCUGGUCCUGGAGGUCAAAGGUGGUCACCAGUAUGACAAGAACCAGGUGAUUGUCAACACAUUUGAUGAAAGAAAGCUAAACCAAAAGUGGGCCUUGGAGAUUCUGUGAUCUGAUGAGCUACAAACCCACACCAAAGACAUGUGCUCUGUAGGGGAUUGAAAACAAACACUGCACUCUUUUAGUAAUUAUUGAAAACCAUACUUUUAAAAACAUGCAUAUAGUACUUGAUGAAAUGUUUCCUAUUUUGAGAAAGUAAAAUACUGCUAAUUCAUAGCCACUUGAUUUCAGACACUGAAUACCAAAGGCCCCAUGACCUGUCUGUUCUGACAGCAUGUAGUGACAACUCAGCCCUGUUCAAUGCUGCAUACCUGUCUUUGCUUUAUAGUACUUUUCUAAAUAUGAAUGAAUACUAUACAUUGACAGCUGCAAUAUAAAGCUGGAUGUGCCUACAGAUGUUUUCUUUUGUAAUUAGUGCUGAGCAAAGUUUUAUCUUUUUAAGACUUUCAUACUUUUAAACUGCACCGCAUUCGGUUGUACAUAAGCACCAAGUAUAUACUAAGUAUGCUGAUUGUAAAUAUGUGAAGAAAACUGGUACACAUGAGGAUAAAAAUG